AUGAAUGUGCCAUUUGCCAAAUUAUUGAAUUCACUGGUCUCCAAGAGUUCACCAGAAUCCAUCUACCAUUAUAAAUCGGGUAAACUGCUAAGGGCAGGUAGUUUAGGUCUUUCACUAGUGUUUUUAUCCUAUGGUAUAACUUUUAUCGACUGGUACUAUCAUUCAUCCUGGGCAGUUUGGUCAGGCGCUACUGAUGAAGACAAGAGAGAUUGGAAGUUUUAUGCCAAAACUUUUGGUCCCUGGGGGUUAACCAUUAUACCAUUUACAAUUGCCGGUGCAAGUUUAUAUUUCCCAUCAAGAGUUGUCACUAAAGUGACCUAUGUACCAAGGGCUAAUGCAACUCCGUUGUGUCAAUUGGAGAGAAAAUCUGCCCUCUUUGGUAGACGUCUUCAGUUGACUAGACCUUUAGAUCAAUUGGCAAGAAAUGAAAGAACAAAAGUUUAUACAGGCGUUGGUGAACAAGGUGUUGAGGAUAAAGGUUCUUUUGUAUUUUUACUAAAUGACAGAAGUCCUCAGGCCAAAGGGUUUUGGGACAAAUACUUCAUCUUACACCGUUCCGGUAAAUUUUGGGGAAAUGAUGGACGUAUAUUUGAUGCCCUAUUUGGCGGUGAUUCCAUUAAGGAUUUGGAAAAAAGAGGUAGACUAGUGGCUCAAGGUAAAAAUUUUAAUACAAAACAACCAAAUCCCCCUACAAAUGAAAGAAAUUCAAAUAAUGUGACUGACAUAAUUGCUCAUAAUAACAGGGCAAAAUUCCAUGCAAAUGGCGAAUCCCAAUUGUCCAAAAAAAUUGUAGGUUCAACGAAUGUUGCUAACGGUUUAAAUUCACAAAAAUCCAAACAAUCUAAGUAG